GUUCAUCCACAUCUCUCGCUCCAACCAGGUCCAGGAAGUGGUCCCUUUUCUCGCGUGCUCUUCUUCUCACAUCUCUGGGAGAACCGAUGGCCUUCUCAUUCUUAUGUCUUUCCUCCCGCAUUAUCAAAUCCUAGGAGGAAAGGAAGCGUCCAAAAAGUUCAUCGGCCUCUCGUGCUGCCUAUUCAUCUGUCUUCCCCGGUCCCCAUCUCACUUCUACAAAGCGGCAUUAUCGAAUCUGGGGAAGAAUUAGGUGGCUAAAAAAUUAUUGUUUCUCGAGCUUUUUCUUAGCCUUUCCCCUCUAAGUGGGCAUUCGUGCUCGAAUAUAUAAGGUAUAGAGGAACAUAAAUAAGCAAGGAGUGGGCUCCGAUGGCAGCGAGUUCGAUCCCGGCGGGAGGGUCGAUUGACGGGUCGAUGCUCGAUGAUAUCAUCGGGAGGCUACUCUACGGCGGUCGCGCUAAUGAAGGGAAGCAGGUGCAGCUGUCUGAGACGGAGAUCCGACAUAUCUGCGUUGAGGCCCGCCGGAUCUUCCUCUCACAGCCUAAUCUCCUACAGCUCCGAGCCCCUAUCAAUGUUUGCGGCGAUAUACAUGGACAGUAUGUAGACCUUAUAAGGUUAUUUGAACGCGGUGGAUUCCCUCCUACUUCAUCAUAUCUAUUUCUUGGUGACUAUGUAGAUCGAGGAAAACAAAGCUUAGAGACAAUUUGCUUACUUUUAGCGUACAAGAUAAAGUACCCUGACAAAUUCUUUCUCUUGAGAGGAAAUCAUGAAGAUGCUAAAGUCAACAGAGUAUAUGGUUUUUAUGAUGAAUGUAAAAGAAGAUUCAAUGUUCGCUUGUGGAAAACAUUCUCAGAUUGCUUCAACUGUUUGCCUGUUGCUGCUGUCGUUGAUGAGAAGAUCUUUUGCAUGCAUGGCGGACUUUCACCAGAGCUUGAUAGUUUGAGUAGGAUUGAAGAAAUCGAAAGGCCCACUGAAAUUCCUGAUAGCGGCCUUCUUUGCGAUCUACUUUGGUCAGAUCCAGACCCCAAGAUUCAGGGAUGGGGGCUGAGUGAUAGAGGUGUUGCAUGUACUUUUGGUGUUGAUAAGCUUGUAGAGUUUCUUGAUAAAAAUAACCUUGAACUCAUAUGUAGGGGUCAUCAGGUUGUUGAGGACGGGUACGAGUUUUUUGGGCAAAGGAGGUUGGUUACCAUAUUUUCAGCUCCCAACUAUUGUGGGGAGUUUGACAAUGCGGGUGCUUUCUUAAAUAUUGAUGAAUCAUUGUUAUGUUCAUUCGAGUUAUUGAAAGCCCUUGACAGUAAAGCACGAAAGACAGUUGGUACACGUGCUUCGGACAAUGCCUCAACAUCAUCUCAGAGCUUGUCAAAUUUAUCUAAAGCAAUUUCUAAGAAGCUUCCAAGAUUUGGAAGUGGUUGACAAAUCUUCAGUGAUUUGACUUGCUUCCGAUAACCUAAACAACAAAUAUCAGAUCUGGAUCACCGGCAGCAAAUUCUUAGAUUAUUUCCGUUCAAUGGCGUUAAUUCGGCCGUCAUUACUCGAUUACCUUUUCCAUGAAUCCUUCGAACAGUUUUUGUUUAUUAUUUUUAGGGCUAUCUAAUUGUCUUGAGAUAAUAUAUUUUAGAAAAUUAUAAUUUUUGCUCUCUUAUUUUGGUUUUUAAAAGAAAAUAUGAUAUUUGAGGGAUUUUUCCGGAGCUUAUGGAGUUAAAAUAAAUGUUGUGUUCUAUCAA